CGUAAAUAACCCGAAGAGCUAGUUAGCCAGCAUUCGUCUUCAGACCACAUUUUACACGUCUACAGGACAGGUCAAAACUUGAGUGACAGUGAGAUCAGAGCAUUACGGGUGAAGGGAAACGCAGAGCGCAUCAGUUAUGGACGGAUCGGUUAAUAAUGAAGAUGAUAACCAGAUGGAGAAGAUGGAGGUGGAUGAAACAUCCCCUAUGAAUGUGGGGAGCAGCAGUGUGGAUGCACCAACAGCAGGGCCAUCCACAGCUUCCAUGCAAGGGAUUCCAGGACCAUCAGGAGCCAAUGGCCAUGGGGCAGAGCGAGAAGCAGACAAGGAUUCAACCUGUAUCUAUGUUAGAGUGGACUGGCCUGACAAAGAUCUGCCAAGCAAACCAGAGAGAACGUUCGAGAAAGCUUUUCAGUCUCUGCUUAAUGAAAAGGGUAAAGGUGCUGAGUGCAAAGUUGAGAAGGAAUUCAACGAAAGAGGUUUUGUAAAAGUGAUGAUAAGUACCCCAGAAGCUGUGCAGUGGCUGUUGAUGACCAAGUCGGCAGACUUGAAACUCAAAGACAAGAGUAGUAACUUCAAGGCACACUUCUUUUCAAAAGACCAGACUCAGAGCUCUGCCUCCCAUGAUGUGCAGGAGAGGAAGGACAUCCCCAAAGAGAUCCAUGGGUUGGGUGAGGGGUCUCCAGUUGAGAGAAAUGGCCUAGCACUGAAUACAAUUAAUAGCAGCGCUGGAUCCAGUCAAGGAGGCCCUGAUCUGCCAGUGAUGACAUGCCCAGCCCCUCUGUUCCAUUACUUGCACCUGCACAACAUGUAUAGGAAGGAGAUGGAGCGCAUCCAGAAGGAUAACGGAGUAUGUAUCACUGCCGAGGUGUCAGUGUCAAUCAAAGCAGCAGAUCAGAAAGUGGGCAACAGUUCAGUGGAAAGAGCCUUUCAGGAGUUCACUGACCUUCUCCAGAAGGUUACUUAUGACAAUGAUAGAGCUACCAUCCCAGCUGCCAACCUCAACCAAGAGGCAAUGGUUGAGAUGCUGAAGGAGAUCCAGAGGAAGGAGUCCAUGCUGGUGCUGAAGGUGUCAUCAGAGGGCUGUGAGCUUUCUGGUCCAAAAGAGAGCGUGGACUUGUUCAGCAGAAGAGCCAGAAUGGAGCUAAGUGUGGACUCCAAUUUAGGAGGGAAAUCAGAAGGGGCAUUAAGCGGAACCUUAGAAAUGGACCUUCGGGAUCCUGUGGUGAGCAAUGGGGUCUGCAUGCAUGAGACCUACUGGGAUUUUAUCUCUGCUGUAUAUGGAAAACAGAUCAGGGCCAUCAGACAGAAAUUUGGGGUGGAUUUCAAUGCAGAAUUGAUUUCAGGGAUGGCGAAGGUGACAGCUCGUUCCACCAGUGACCAGGGGUUCUCCCUGGAGUGCCACGCCCUUAAAGCCCUGGAGCAGCUCUACCAGAAGGCAGCCACAUGCAUGCUGAGCUGUCCACUCCAGAACCCCACUCAGAUAGACAGGCUCAAGGCUGCCUUCCAAAAAAUUAAGCCUCGACACCCAUAUGUGGCAGCAGGGGAGAACAACGGUCCCUGGAGGCUGAUAGGCUUGCCAGAGCAUUUGUGGCCUGCAGUAACAGAGAUGGAGGCCCUCCUGAAGGAACCUGUCUUCAGUGAAGAAGCCAGGCGGCAGUUGGAAUGUCCUGAGCACAUACCUUCUAGGGCAGAGAUUGCCCCCGGGGGCCAGGCAGCAGCAGCAGCUGCUGAAGAGGACACCUGUCCCAUCUGCAUGGAUACCUUCAAGAACAAGAGGAAAUUAGGUUGCACACAUGAGUUCUGCUCUGAGUGCAUAGAGCAGUCAGUUCAGAGCAUGGGCCCCAGCUGUCCUGUAUGUAAGCAAGUGUUUGGAAAAGUGGAGGGAAACCAGCCUGAUGGAGAAAUGAAUGCCCAGUACUGUACGUCUAGCCUCCCAGGAUUUCCCCACUGUGGCACCAUUGAGAUUGACUACCUCAUUCCUCAUGGGACACAAACGAGCAAACAUCCUAAUCCAGGGAAGCCGUUUUGUGGAGCCCAAAGACGGGCUUAUUUACCAGACAACAAGGAGGGAAGGGAAGUGUUGAGGCUGCUGCAGAAAGCCUUCGAUCAGAGGCUGGUUUUCACUGUGGGGACGUCUAGGACCACCGGGGCUGAAGACACAGUCACCUGGAAUGACAUUCACCACAAGACCAGUAGAUAUGGAGGACCUGAGAGCUUUGGCUACCCAGAUCCUGGCUACUUGAAGAGAGUGAAGGAGGAGUUGAAAGCCAAGGGCAUUGAGUGAAGCAGCACUGGGAUGGCUCAGUUCAGUGCCACAGCCAAUCCAUCUGGAUAAUGAAAAUGUAAUUCUUUUAGAGCUACUCUGUACAUAGUAAACCAGAAGAACAUUUUAAAAAAUGAGAAUCAAAGCACUGAAAUCUUGAGAGAAGAACUGGCCAAUGGUAGGAACUCAGUUGUUUGUGGCAGCAAUAAGUUGCAGUUUCAGACCUGGGUCAUAACAAAAAUGUCAUCUACAGAAAAAUCUGAGGGUGUUGCACUGUCUGAUAAAAUGGAUAGAAAAAUUGUAUUAGUUCCACUUUACAUGAGAAUUUAAUCUUUCACUUGA